AUGUUCAUGGCGAUUGUUCAUACAAAUGAUAAAAUAACGCCGAUACAAAAAUUUUUUCAUUUACGUGCAUCUUUAAGUGACGAACCUGCGAGUUGCAUUAAAAAUCUUGAAGCAACGGCAAACAACUACGAGUACGCUUGGAAAACGUUAAUAUCGAGAUAUAGAAACGAAAAAUUAUUAAUUCAGUCACACGUUAAAGGCAUAUGUGAGUUAAGUGACGUAAAAGAAAAUUCGUCAAGUAGUUUAAGACAAUUUUCUGACGCAUUACGGGGUCAUAUGUCCGCGUUAGAGGCGUUGAAACAACAGCCAAGUAACUGGGGCCCACUGUUGACGCAUAUUAUUUGCACUAAGUUGGACGCGAUCACUUUAAGUGAAUGGGAGAUGAAGUCGCCAAAAAAUGAAAUUUCUAAAGUGGAAGAUUUAGUAUUAUUUUUAGAUGCGCGUUCACAAGUUUUGGAAGCAAUUGAGUCGUCAAAGAACAUUUCUAAAAUCGUUGAUUUGGGCUAUGAAAACAAAAAUGAAAAUCGAAAAAAUAAGUUUGGCAAAAACAAUAACAUUACUACAUCGUUAGUAUCUACAUCGGAGAUAAAAUGUUAUGCAUGUGACUUGUCACAUACAAUCUACAAAUGCCCUUCAUUUUUAUCGUUAACAGUAGCCGAGCGUAUAAAAAGGGUUAAUGUACUAGGACUCUGCAAGGUAUGUUUGCGCAAACACGAAGUUAAACGCUGUCUUUCGCAAAAUAAUUGUUAUAAAUGUCAUAAAGCACAUAAUACGUUACUGCAUUUAAUUAUGCCACAAAAAUACAAUGCAAAGAAUUCGGAUGAGGCUUCAAAUAAACAAGCAGCAAAUACAUCGACAAGUGCUCAUGCGUUCAGCGUCGAUAACGAGAACGUACUAUUAUCAACGGCCGUCGUGCGAGCAAUAGGGAAGUGCACAAUAUCAGUCUUAUGUGGAUCCAGUGGCGGAUCCAGGGCUUAA